AUUUCCCCUUCACCGCGUUCGGGCGCUUUGUUUCGCAACACUUGUGUCGUCCUUUCCCAAAGCGUUGACAUGGGUCCUGUUAUGUUACCUUGACCUGCCUUGCCCGGGACUUCCUUUGUAACACGCAUUUGAAUCUCCUGAGUUACACAUACCCUCCCGUGUGUUGAUCAGGCCCUGGCCUCUACAUAAGCUCCUGUGCAUCCUGCAUGCUGCUGCAAGACAUUGUCGCUACCUCCAGCAAUUGGCGUCACUAACGCCAUCCUCGCCAUGACAGAAUACCGUCACGUUUACUCAGACCGCGGACGUCUACGCUACCUACCCGAACACCUCCCAGAACCCAUCUGCCUCCGACGUGGUCUCUUCCAGGGUCGCCCUCGUCGCCCGCACCGCAUCCACAUCGCACACGUCGCACCUGACCCCACCCUCCUUUGCCGCAAGAAGCGGGAAACGACUAGCAAGUCGUACUUCACAGAAAAGCUGGCGGGCCCUCGUGUAAACGCCAAGCGCUAUCUGCGCAAUCUCUUCGACAAGCAGUCCGCUACGCCACCGGAGCCUACAGACAUUGUUCUGCCAGCAUCGUCUACCAACAGCAACCGCACCUCCAUAGCCUCUUUCCCCGAGAGCAGGCUCUCCACAGCACCCAGCGACAUGCGUUCCACACCAAGAGCCUCGGGCGCAGUCGGCUCGUUCGGUCAAAUGUCUGCACAAUCACACAUUGACAUGUCUCGCCCUUCAGUAUCAGACUCGCACUUCUUGUCUGGGAGAUCUUCAGCCAAAAGCGCAACCAGCAGCAUAACGAAGCUGCCAGAAGAGAAGCCGGUAGCUUCAGGGGGUGGCGUUAGCGUCAACAUUGCGCUCACAGAACCCGUGCUGUUUCUCCAGGGUUUUGAGCAGAGUGAACAUGCUGAGCGAAAUACUGCCAUGCUCCGUGGAUCGCUGAUCCUGAAGAUCACGAAACCAACAAAGCUCAAGGCCAUUACCCUGAAGUUCAGAGGAAAGGCCCUUACAAAAUGGCCCGAAGGCAUUCCCCCCAAGAAGGUCGACUUCGAGGAGGUCGACAUUCUUAUGAAUCACACAUGGCCAUUCUUCAACGCCCAAUUUCCUACCGCAGAGACUGGCACGGGCGCGGAUCGAGUCGAACUCUACAAGAGCGGUGGUGGUCUCGGGAGCUCGCCAAACGCAUCUUCCACCAACCUUACAUCAAAGGAGGCAAAGAGGUUGUCCUUGCAAGUCAACCACUCACGCAGCUUUGGUAAGGGCGAAUUACCAUCAAGCGGGCCGUCCGUAGCACAAAAAGGAUACAGGACGUUCAAUGCUGGCGAGUACAUGUACAACUUCGAGCUCCCACUUGACAGCCAUCUUCCCGAGACCAUCGACGUCGACCUCGGUUCCGUCAAGUACGAGAUGGAGGCUACGGUCGAACGAGCUGGCGCAUUCCGCACCAAUCUGCUUGGCACCAAGGAAGUCGUCCUUGUCCGUACGCCUUCAGAGGGCUCGCUGGAACAGGUCGAGCCGAUUGCCAUCAGUCGAAGUUGGGAAGACCAGCUGCACUACGACAUCGUCAUCUCUGGAAAAUCAUUCCCACUCGGCGCACAGGUCCCAAUUGCCUUCAAGCUUACGCCACUAGCAAAGGUGCAGUGUCACAGGAUCAAGGUCUUUGUCACGGAGAACGUUGAGUAUUUUUGCAACCAGAAGCGCGUGCACCGCAUGGAGCCCGUUCGAAAGGUGCUGCUCUUUGAGAAGCGAGCCGAUGGACCACCAACAAGCACAUUCCCUGGUAGCACAAUGCGGAUAGUAUCUGGCGGUGGUGUGCCAUACGACCAGAGGGCUGCAGCUGCACGAGGCGAAGAUGUGCAGGUACAAGAUCCGGGGAACCUGCUUGGUGACUUAAAUGGGGAAGGUAACAUUGGACCCACAGAGAUGGAAUUCAACGUGCAACUGCCAAGCUGUCACAACAUGCGGGACAAAGACAAGUUGUCUCGGCUACACUUCGAUACCACGUACCAAAACAUCCAAGUACACCACUGGAUAAAACUGGUCAUGCGCCUCUCCAAGCCCGACAAAGCGGAUCCCACGAAGAGAAGGCACUUCGAGAUCUCAAUCGACUCGCCCUUCCACAUCCUUUCCUGCCAGGCUACACAGGCCAACACAGCACUACCAGCAUACUCAUCACCUGAGCCGUACCUUGGUAACACACAGGCGCCCGAGUGCGGCUGUCCAAAUGCUCCUACCCGGCGCACGUCUCCGACUGGUCGGGUACCAACAUUGAGCUCAAUAAGUCGUCCAAGAGGCAACUCGGAUGCGACCAUGUCGACACCCAUGCCGACUCUCGCACGGCCACAAGCAGCACACAUUGGCGGUCCAGCCGACAACGCUGUGCAACGACCUAUCCACCUCCUUCGUAUACCGUCUUUCGCGCCACCAGAAUUCUCGGAGGAGGAACCCCCACCACCGCUCGAAACCCCACCUCCGCUAUACGAAUCGAUCGCAUCGCCAACAAAUGGACUUGCGGAUUACUUCGCACGUCUUUCCGACGCUUACGAUGACGACAGCGAAGGCGAGCGCGCAGACCACCGCCGUGUUGAGAUCCCAUUGACCCCCGGUGGACGCACUGCCCGAAGCAUGGACGAGCGAAGAACGUGGCUCCCAGUCGGUCACUAGCCGCGUCAACAGUUCAGCAACAACAAUAGCAUGAACCACGCAUGAUUACAAUGACGACAUGAGAUAUGGAUUUGGCCUGCAUGUAUCGGUCGAUUUUCAGGCGUUAU